AUGCAACCCAACAGGCAUUCCAACAAGCGCCCCGCGGAGUCUUCGUAUUCCGCAGGCUCUGCGCAAGCUGGCAAACGCCAACGGACCCAGGACGACCUGGUCAGCAGGUCCCUCCAGGCAACUGACAACGAUGACAGCCUAGUUUUCGAGCGCGAUCGAAAAUGCCAGAGUGCUAUCCAGUACGCAGGAGAUCCAAUCACGAUAACGCAAGUGGAAAAGCUGCUAGAAUCAUAUAAAAGCUCAGUCUCCGCCCACAAAGAAUGGAUGCGAAAUAACCGACCUCCUGUCGACCUUGGUCAGCUUUUAAACAUGCUUCCUAAGGAUCCUACAGAGUUUGGUGAGGAGUAUAGCGCCGAGGAUGAAGCGAGGCUUCAAGAAGAAUGGAAAAAUGAUCCACUCACACCAUACCGACUCGGCCAGAGCUUAGAUGCAAAGAUGACGAAUCUGUGGAAGAUACCACAACGACUCUGGCCGGGAACCUUCGCCGACAACAUCAUCAGCGAUCGCUACUACCUGGCCUUUGAACCAGAACCGGGGCAUAAGAUAAAGGUCAACGGCCAAGAAGUGCCUCAUCCAAACUGGAGCGGCCAGUUUUGUGAUGCGCUGUCGGACCUCCUCGGUCACCCACUCUGGCUGGAAAGUCUUGAAACCCUGACAUUAAGCAUCCAAUAUGCCGUCAUAUGUCGUACCGGGGAUCAGCGCAAGGACCAGUGGCCGCAGUGGAAUGCCACUGACUCCAAAUUCUUGGAUACAUUCAUGUCUGUCACCUCCCAACAGCAGGAUGGCAGUCGUUCCAUCGUUGAUCUCCACGCUGUAACAAGACAGCGAAGUGGUGAUGUGCCCUCCGUCAUGUCCAGGCUGUUCCUCGAGAUCGAGCGUCUUGCAUACAAGGGCCAGGUACUCACGGAGGAUGAGGCGACCGGCCCAUACAAGGUUCGCAUUGCUGAUCUCAAAAAUCUAGCCACUGCCCUCGAUAGGGUUAGCAGCCUUGGCUACGCGAUAUUCCUGCCUGUGCAGUUUCAUAGCAGUGUGCUGAAGGGCGUCAGGGGACAGAACGAGACACCAGUGCGCAACGACCUAGCGAGUUGUCGUCGCUCGGUAUUGCUGGACAUCAAGAGGUCAGAGAUCAAAGCCCAGAAAUCUGCUGGCUUGUUCGCUGACCCGAGUCCUCUUUCUCGUUCCCAAGUCCCAGCCCUGUCUGCCUCGCAAUUACUUUGCCCUCUUCCUCGCGACCAAUUGUCAGCCAGCCCUGUUUCAACACAGCAGUUCCCACAGGCGCAGUUCGUAGUACCGCAACACUCCGCAGCACAUGUACAAGGAACACCCGGGACAGCAACCGGUCUAGCAGCACAUCCGUUCAUGACCAAGGCGUCAAAGGUCGGUACAAAGACCAACCCGCCUGUUGGGCUAAGAGUGCAAGGCGAAAAUUCAUUUUCUGUCCCACAGCCUCCCAUAUUCAAAGCGUCCAUGGCUGCUCAAACAGCACUAGUCCUGGAUACUUUCAAACCAGGUGUCGACGAAGAUAUUGCUGAUAUGCUUGAAGAUCACCUAUACCCGGACACGGGUCGUAGUCGCAGGGCGUCGCGUGAGAAAAUAGUCUUGUAA